AUGGAUGAUGAUGACUUCGAUAUAACUGAAAUAAAUGAAGGUAAGAGUGUGUAUAGAUUUUAGUAUUUUCAAAAUUAUGACUAGAAUCUGAUUUAUUUUUUUGCAAUGUGUUUGUUUCAUUCAGUUAGAGGUGCUCUCAAUGCUGCAGCUCAAUAUACAAAUACAGCAAUGACCAAAGACAACUUUUUCAUGAAGUGCAAAAGUGCAACAAAGUGAACAAUGUAGUAUUCGGGUUCAGAACUCAAACUUGGGUCAGACUCAAGCCUUGUUUUCAGAACCCAUGAAUCGACUUGGACUCAGUCAUUAGACGUACAGAUUGUUGCAGACAUAGACUGUUUAUUGAUAUGUUUUGAGGAAAGAAAGUUUAUUGUGUCAGCUGCAGAGUCAUGCAGCAAAGAAACUUGUUCAUGGCUUAUUCUCUUUGCCUAUUUCAUUUAUAAUUAGACUCCUGCAGAUAUCCUGAUGCUGCAGAAUCGAUAAGUGCACCUCUUCAUUAAAAGGGUAGUGCCUAUCAUACCAAACACACAGCACUGUAGCUUAAUUGAUUGAAGUCAUUUGGCAAUUGGGACUUGAGACUCGACUUAAACUUGUUGUUUGGUGACUCCACUGCAAUACUACUAAGUGAAAAGAUUAAUACUAUCAGCAAUGAAACAGAAAGAGACUGGAAAUGAAAAGUCUCAAAGCGUUUCGCUAUCACCAACAUAAUCCAUCCUCUGUCUUCUUUGCCCUACAGGUUUGGAUUUAUUGGAGGGUGACAUCAUGGAAGUAAGCAAUUAGCCUGACAUGAUCUUUUUUGCAUCCCAUGUUGAGUUUUAUUUGAAUUAAUUCAUGCGUUCAUAUUAUAAGGAAAUCAAGUCACAAAGGAGGGUUGCCAGGAAUGCCAUUUUGAAUAGAAAACAGUUGUGGGACAUCCCGGUCCCAUAUGUGUUAGAGGCUAAUCUUGGUGAGUAUGGAUCAGUACAUGCUUCCCCUUUUUUAUGGUGCAUCACUAAAGCAAUGGAAGUUAGCAGGAAAGCUAAAUCAUUAAGUGUUCUGAUCAUGUUUAUGGUCCGUGAACCCAGGUGUGAAUGCAAAAGGAGUCGUUCUGCAGGCCUUUGAGCAUUUCCGCCUGAAAACAUGUAUCGAUUUCCGGCCCCGACAAUCCGAAGAGUACUACCUCUCAGUCAGGAAGAAUCCAGGGUAGGACUUUCUUAUCUUUAGGCACAAUUUGACAGCUUUCCAUCCUGUAAUCUGACCUUUGACCCUAGAAUAAUUGAUUUUGAUUACGUGCCAUUUCUUUUCUCUACAGGUGUUAUUCUUUUGUUUCGAGAACCAUUAAAAGUGGUCAGGUUGUUUCCAUUGGAAGACGAUGUGAUCGCCUCGGUACAGUUGAGCAUGAGUUUAUGCAUGCUUUAGGCUUGUAUCAUGAACAGGCACGAUAUGACAGAGACGACUAUGUAACCAUCAUCUGGAGAAACAUCAAAGAUGGUAAAAACAUGCCUAUUCUCUAAAACAUUUGAUUACCAUUAUGUACAUCAGAACUGUUCAGUUUACACCUUGCAAGACUUUAGUGUGCUAACACCUUUUAAAAUGUACUUCUAAGAUGGAUAUUAUGUCUGAUUAUGUUUUCUGUCUGUCCAUAGGAUACAAGAGAAAUUUUAGGAAACUGACUCCAAGCAUGAGCACAACAUUCAAUGCUCCAUAUGAUUACCUCUCUGUGAUGCACUACGGCGGGAAGGUCUUUUCUAAAAACUCAGGAGACACAAUCGUCACUAAGCUACCUGAGUAUCAGGACCAAAUAGGACAGCGAAUGGAAAUGAGCUCCAUCGAUGUAUACAAGUUAAAUCGCCUUUAUAACUGCAGUAAGUUUGCAUGGUUUUAACAAUGCUGUAAAACCUUACAUUCUAAUUCACUAAGGGCCUGUGUCCACUGACAGCAUUUUUUUUUUUUUUUGCAGUGGCAGCACACAUGAGCUCAAAUUCAGAGCACCUCUUGCCGGCAUUUGAAUAGUUUUCCCUUUGCACCUCACUUCCCCUUAAUCAUGACCAUUAAGUCUGAAUUAAAUUUGCUUUUAUUUGAUGGAAUUUCACGAAGAAAGCAUCAAAACAGUUGAUAGAAAUCCUGUCUGGGCAUAAGCAGCAGAUUUUGCCUUUCAAGAGUUAAACUAUUUUGAAACUCAGAGCCCAGCAGGGUAAAAAAAAAGUGCUUAAAUUGAAGGCAUAUAUGCAUUUAAAGUACUGAUCACUGAUCCACUGAACUGCAGUGGUUUUCAUGAACAUUAGCACUGCCAGUGAAGAACACUCUUAGUGGACACAGGCCCUUUAUUCGAAGAGGCAAUUGCUCUUCAUCCUGAUGUAAGUUUUCUCUGAUGACAGGCACUUCCGUCACUUUUGUGGAGCAUUGCGACUUCAGUAUUGACACCUGCGGGAUGAGCUAUUGUGAAAACAAUCCGGCCAAAGGUUGGAGGAGGUUGAGCACUGCUAAGGGGGAGCCAUUUACUGACCACACCACCCUCGGAAAAACAGGGGGUAACAACAAACUAUACAACAACAACAAAAAAUCUAACAGAUCUAUCCUCAAAAAAGCUAAAUUACAAUAAAUCAACUGAAAAAUUGUUGAUCCCUGCCCAGGUUACUUCAUGCAUGCUAGCACAGCAUCAGGUCAGGAGGGAGACUCAGCCUGGCUUGAGACCAAGACGAUGACCCCUACUGCAAAAUGCCAUGUCCAGUGUCUCCAGUUCUACUAUUAUCACAGUGGAAGCUGGUCUGACCAGCUCAACAUCUGGAUCAGAGAGUUCCAAGAUGAGAAGGAUACAACGGGGAAAAAACGCCUUGUGGGUCAGAUCACUGGUGAGGAAAACAGAAUAUGAAAUCAGAAAUUUCAAAUACUGCUUUUAUAAGAUGAGGAAUACCGCUCUACUAAAUGUGGAGAUGCUUGAAGUUUAGUUAAGCUGUUUAUAAGCACAGCUGGCUUUUGGCAAAAUAUCAGCAUGUCAACUUUCUCAUGAGAUAAUCCUAAAAUGCUUAUGUCUUAAGGGUUUAUUUUUAACACAUCAGCCUUCUCAGUUUUGGUGUUAGCAUGCUAAAUAUAGCUGUUGUCAGAUUUAAGGACAUUUCUCACAGAAAAAAGGUAAGAGACACUACCGGGAACAGCCAGCAGGGGGCAGUUUGGGGUUAAGCGGCCAAUUUACGCUUUGGCAUGUGGACAGCAUUACCUGGGGUCAUACCCUUGACCUUCUGAUUGAGAGAGAACCCACUCCACCACUGGGCCAUAGCCGCCCUUCAUGCAGACUGGUAGCUCACAGGACCAUCAUCAUAAGGGUUCAUCCAAAGGGGACUACAAUUUUGUUAGUGAUAUUAUUAGUCACAGAAACACUAAAACAAACAUAAGCAGUUAUUUGCUCACUCUUCUCCCCUGCAGGUGAACCAACCCCCAAAUGGACGUUUCACAAGGUGUCCCUGAACGCCAACAAGCCAUUCAAGGUCAUAUUUGAGGCACGUACUGGAAACGCAGAGUCCUCAGGGGGAUUUUCCAUCGACGAUAUCAAUUUAUCUGAGACUGGGUGUCCACAUAACGUCUGGGAAAUCCCAGACUUUGAAGGUCUUUUGACAAGCACUGAUUAUAACAGUUAUCUCUACAGCCCUCGGAUGUACUCUCCUGAAGGUUAUGCUUACCAGAUGUUGAUCGCUCUGCGGGAAACUUUCUUUGGAGUGUACUUCCGUUUUGUGUCAGGGGACUAUGAUUCGACUCUGGAGUGGCCGUGUCCAUGGAGGCAGGUGACCUUCACCAUGUUGGAUAAGAACCCCCACAUUCAAAAACAGAUGUCCAAACAACUCACUUUGACCACAGACCCAACUUACAGUGAGUCUUUCAAAGAGAUAUAAAAACAAAUGUUUGUAUUACUGCUAUUGAUUACUAAUAUCUGAAUGUAUGUCAGUGAGAAUAAAUAUGUUUUCUUUUCCUCUGAAGUUGCUUUUGACAACCCCAGUAUGGUGGGCCGACAAAGUAGAAGUAAUGAAGAAUCUCUUUAUGUGAACCCUGCCUAUGGAACCAGGUCCUUUCUCUCCCUGGAGCAAAUUAGGAGGAGGGACUUCCUGAAGGGGGGCACCGCCGUAUUCCUCCUCUCAUUGGAAGGUAAGCCCUUCUGUUGUAUCCCAAACAGGUGGAUGAUCAUACCUUUAUGCAGUUUUUAAAAAAUAUGGCAUUAUGCAUGUUGGCUUAUUUAUUUGUGUAGGAAUUUUGGAAUAUUUUGUCAAAGGUGGAUAAAACUUUUGCUAUAAAUUUACUUGGAUGAAAAAUUACUUCUACCUGCUACUUCAGGGCUUGACACUGACCUUUUUCAACUUAGGAGCACAUGUGCUCCUAAGUUGAAAAAGUAAGAAACACACAGAGAACUUUAGGGGAACAAUAAAAAUUGAUCAAAUAAUGUUUGUCUUUAUUAUCUGAAAACAGUUUUAGGUCUUUUGGUCACAUGACAUGGAAGCUAUUGAAGAAAAUGUUCACAAUCUGCCUUUAAAUUUAACACAAAAAUCAUAUGAGGACAAGUUCGGGAAAUAAAGAGGUGUGUCUUAUUGGUUGACAUAAAUAUUAUUAAUUGAAAUUAAUUUUAGGUCAACUGGUCACAUGACAUGGAAGCUAUAGAGGAAAAACAGCCUUUUCCGAGAACAUCAACCGGUAAUUUAUUGAUGGUCCCGACGUUGACAGCGAGGGUGCCCAGUAGAUUUAACCGCGCUGCUCUUGCUAUUCUGUGUUAUGGAGCGUGAGAAGACACCGGUAGAUCCACAGUGAAGAUCUGUCAAAUAUCCAACCUAAAACUAACUUAACCACAAUAUUCACGUUAAACAACAUUUGUUGCUAAGUGCCCCCAAAUACAUUUUACAUUUUCAUUUUCUAUUUUUAGUUGCAAAUGCAAGUGAAAUGGUCACACUGUAAAGCCCUGUACUUAGUUUCAUUAUUAUUAUUAUUAUUAUUUUUUUAAAUGUCCAUUUCAACAUGUUCAACUUGUCUCCAGAUAUUUCCAGUCUGCAACACAACAGCUCUCUUCCUUGCCCAAAACAGCCACCAGCAAAACCUACAACCACUCAUUCGAACGACUCUGUCCAAGGCCCAUGUGCAGUGAGGGUGAGUGCUCCUCUGUAAUCAGCUGUUAACCUUUAGGUAAAGUUGCACUUUCUAAAAGCUUCUACGAGUCUGCUCUAAGUCAGUUUAUGUGAUUCUUUAGGGUCAACACAAGAACUGA